AUGGCUAAGAACUCGAAGAAAAACCUGAAGAAGAGCUCGGCCUCGAGCAGUGAUAACAAUGACACUACCAAGGUUAAGAAAACGCGUAAAAGUGUUCCGAGAGAGUCUCCACAGCAGCGCAGUUCCAUUUAUAGGGGUGUAACAAGGCACCGGUGGACGGGUCGAUAUGAAGCUCAUUUGUGGGAUAAGAAUUGUUGGAAUGAAUCUCAAAACAGGAAAGGAAGACAAGGAGCCUAUGACAAUGAAGAAGCAGCUGCACAUGCUUAUGACCUGGCUGCAUUGAAGUAUUGGGGACAAGAAACUCCACUUAAUUUUCACUUUUCGACAUAUGAAAAAGAACUUAAGGAAAUGGAGGAUCAGUCCAAAGUAGAGUAUAUUGGUUCAUUAAGAAGAAACAGCAGUGGCUUUUCCCGGGGAGUGUCCAAGUAUAGAGGUGUGGCAAGACACCAUCAUAAUGGAAGAUGGGAGGCUCGCAUUGGUAGGGUGUUUGGCAACAAAUAUUUAUACCUUGGAACAUUUGCUACACAAGAGGAAGCAGCAAUUGCAUACGAUAUGGCCGCUAUCGAGUACCGUGGACAUGAGGCUGUUACAAAUUUUGACAUCAGUCGAUACAUAAGCUACAUAAAACCUAAACAAUGCGACACAAGCAGCAACCCUGACUUUAUUGGUCAGGUUGACACUACUCAUGUACAAAACUCGAAUGAAGAACUGCACGAGCACCACAAUCUGGCAAUUAGCUCAGGUCCUCCUAAAAUGACUUUACAACCACCAUGUCUGGAAAAUGAUGCCACCAGUCCAUCCACUCUCGGAAUUUUGCUACAAUCCUCCAAAUUCAAAGAGUUGCUAGAGCAAACCACGGCUUGUGACAGUCCAUCUACGUCGGAGCCAAAACCUCCACGAAGUAGCUUUCCAAACGACAUACAAACAUCCUUUGAUUUUCAAGAUUCAAGUAGCAACUUUGCUGAGGAAUAUGACAUUUUCUUUGGAGACUUUAAUUCAUUCCAAUGCGAGCUUGAUGUUUAG